AUGGCCAAGAAAAAGAAUAAGCAGCUUCUCCGUCCCUGGUGCUGGUACUGCGAGCGUGAAUUCGAGGAUGAAAAGGUUCUCAUGCAGCACCAAAAGGCCAAGCACUUCAAGUGCAACAUGUGUCCCCGCCGCCUGAACACCGCCGGUGGCCUCGCCGUGCACAUCCAGCAGGUACACAAGCUCGAAGCCGAUAACCUUCCGCGCAUCGACAACGCGCUUCCCGGGCGCGACGGGUACGAAGUGGAGAUUUUCGGGAUGGAGGGCAUCCCCGCGCCGGACGUCGCGGACUACAAGCGCCGCAAAGAGAUCGAGCUCGGCCUGAACCCGGGCUCCAUCUCCCAGCCACAGGCCAAGCGCCCAAAGACGGAACACCGACCGCUGACCGAGGACGAGCUCCGCGCCCAGCUCGAGGCCCACAAGGCGCUCAUGGGCGCCAGUGAGGCCCCCGCCCCGGCCCAGGACGCCAGUCCCCAGGGCGCUGUCUACGGCGCCGGCCCGACCCAGUAUGCCGCUCCCCCGACUCCAGCUGCGCCAGUCGCCCCGCCUCCCAUACCUGGUGCGAUGUCGCCUCCAGGUGCGCCUCCGUUCAUGCCCGGUGCGCCGCCUCCAGGAUUUCCGGGCGCGCCGCCCUUCCCCAUGCCGCCCUUCCCCGGCGCACCACCAGGCAUGCCUGGCGCAUCACCACCGGGCUUCCCGCCCUUCCCACCACCGCCCGGCAUGAUGCCGCCAAUGCCAGGUAUGCCGGGCAUGCCGAUGCCGCCCUUCCCCCCGCCGCCCGGCAUGGCCCUGCCACCCGGCUUCCCGCCCUUCCCGCCUCCCCCCGGUAUGUCCCCGCCCGGUAUGCCGAGCAUGAACAUGGGUACGCCCCCUAUCAUUCCCGGCGCGACGCCGCGCCCGCCGUCGGCCGCUGCGACGCCCUUUGCGCCGGGCGGCUAUGCGUCGCCGCCGACGUUCGUGCCGCAGUCGCAGCCACCUCAGCGACAACAGUCACUAGCGCAAGUGCCACAGCUUAGGAUUCCGGACCCGUCUUUGGCUCAGACGAACCCUGACCUGAAGAAGAAGACGGAUCUGAAGUGGUCCGAUGCGAACUUCUCUCCCGAGGAGAAGCGCGCGGUCCACCCGAGAUACUACAUCGCUAAGGACACGCCACCGUCUGCUCCAGAGUCCAAGACUGAUGGCCAUGGUGCACAGGUCUCGCCGGAGGAGUCGCGAGGCAAGAAGCGGGCGCGGGCCGAGGACUUUUUGUAG